AAGGAGACGGCCGCUGCUCCUGGGAAGACUCGGGGAAUCAUGCCUCCCUGCUUAAACGCCCCCGCGUGAGACUUCAGAGCAUACUUUUUUGACGGGAAGAUCAGGGAUUCAUUCUCUCUGACAUUCUGUCGACUGUCCUGCGCGAUCCUUGCAGGAGCCAUGAGAGAUCAACCCCCCGAGCUUCUCAGAAGUGCUGCAGAUGUCAUUUUUUGGUAGCAUGAAGGCGUCCUUUCAGAUUCUCCAAUGUACAGGAAAGAAAGGACACUCUACACCAAAUGUCCUCCUUCCAUCUUGAGAAAAAGGUCACCCAUGAACCAAGCCCUCAGCGAGAAGCGAAAAGUAGAGAGGAGAGUUCGAUUCCAGGAACCGGAAGAGAUCAUGGGACAUGCUCGUGAGAGGCCGGGGAGCUCUCUGCCUUUGUUCCUCGGGGGUUUGCUUUGUCUGGGACUGCUUUUGGCUCUCUACUGCAGCAGCGUGAGGCACGAUUUCAAAGUCCUGGAAGACUUUCAGUCCCAGCUUGUUAUCAUCGCUCUUCAGAUAAGGCACGUCGCUUUGAAAUGGUGGAGUUGGCUGGCGAGGCUGUAG